AUGGGAACAAAACGAUCAAAUAGUGGUAACAAUGAUAACACUAACAAGAUCAAACUAAAUAUUUCUUCUAAUAAAGAAACCCACAAGGUAAAAAAAAAUACCAAACAUUCUGCUACUUCCUCCCCCUCCUUUUCAGCUGCUUCUGGUUCUAAAAAAAGUUCAACAGGUUCCAGACCUUCAUCAAAGAUUUUAGGUAUAUCUAGAUCAAUUGUAGCUUGUAAGCGUUGCAGACAAAAAAAAGUGAAAUGCGAUCAAAACUUUCCGAGUUGUGAAAGAUGUGCUAGAAAUCAUGAAUCUUGUGUUUCAAUUGAUCCAGCUACUGGCAGAGAUAUUCCAAGAUCAUAUGUCAUAUAUCUAGAGGAUAGAAUACAUUCGUUGAUGAUGAAACUACAGGAGAUGGGUGUUAAUCCGUUAACUGUGAAAAAUAAUAUUCCAGCAACUAGCGAAGAUGAAGCAUGUAAUUUAAGUCUUUACAAAGAACAAUUUAGGGAUAAACAUAUAAUACCUGAGGAUAAUCUAAUGGCUGGAUAUGUUAUUAAUAAUGGGACUUCUAUCCAAAAAGGUGUUCCAUCUUUUUUCACCGGAAGUGGUACGAGUGCCAAUGACUUUAAUUCAAAUGAAUUGAGUGAAAAUGUAGAAACUUUAAAAAAAAUAUACUUGAUGAAAACUUUACGAAGUUCAAACAAUAUUUUAUCGUCACCAACUAAUGGUAUUAAUAAUAACAAUAGCAAUAGCAAUAGCAAUAAUAAUAAUAAUAAUAAUAAUAAUAAUAAUAAUAAUAAUAAUAAUAAUAAUAAUAAUAAUAAUAAUAAUAAUAAUAAUAAUAAUAAUAAUAAUAAUAAUAAUAACAAUGGUAAUAGUAAUAAUAAUAGUAACUCCUCAACUCCAAGUACAUUAGGCCAAAACAACGAUAAUGAGAAUGUAAAUGGUAAAGAAAAAAACAAUAAUAAUAAUACCACAUCAUCAGGUGCCUCCAAUAGUUAUCUAGGAGACUCGUCAGGUAUACCCUUUGCCAAAUUAAUGUUUACUGCAGCGAAUUUUAAGCCACCAGAAAAUAUAAAUGAUGAAAGUAGUGACAGUGAAAUUGAACGCACUAAUAUCAAAAUACCAAACGUUGCUGAUACAGAUAUUGAUUUUUUCCAUUUGCCAGAAAAAGGGGCAGCCUUGGAAUUAAUCGAAAAAUAUUUUAUAAAUUCAAAUACACAGUACCCAAUAUUACACAGGGAAUUUUUUAUCAAAAAGUAUUAUGAACCAAUAUAUGGAGAGUUACCGGAGGAUACGUCCUUGGCAAAUGAUUUCACCCAGAUAAAUAAAAAUUUUGAAUUAUUACCAUCAGAUGACCCUUUUAGAGUUUUGAUAGAUGAUUACACUGGUAAGGAUGAUGAAACGAGGGAAAAAAUGGCUGAGAUUAUUAAUAAUAGGACGCCCUUGAUCGAAAUUAUUGGCAAAUUGGAAGACAUUCCUGAGGUUUAUCAUACACCGUUAUUUUUUAUAAACAUGGUUAUGGCCAUUGGCUCAGGCUCACAGGUAUUAAAUAAUGGGACUUUGAAAUCUAUUAUUUUCAAGAAAAGAGCAACAUUUUUUAUGAAUAUGUUGUAUGCUUCCGAUAAUAGGUUGGAAGCUUUAUCGGGACUAUUAUUGUUGGCAAUUUUUUCCUUAAUGACACCUAACGUUCCAGGGGUUUGGUAUAUAUUAGGUAACUGUUUAAGAUUGUGUGUUGAUUUGGGUUUGCAUGCAGAAAAACUGAAUAAAAACUACGAUCCCUUUACAAGAGAUUUGAGGAGAAGAUUAUUUUGGACAACUUACUCGUUGGAUAGACAAAUUUGCUUAUAUUUUGGAAGACCCUUUGGCAUACCAGAAGAAAACAUUACUUGCAAAUUCCCAAGCGAGCUAGAUGAUGCGUUGAUUACAACAAUGAGUGAUGAAAUUCAAGAUUACUCGACUAUUCGUACUUCCCUGAGCACCUAUAAGUCCGUGUCUCUUUCAUUCUUCAAGAUUAGAAUAAUGCAGGCCAAUUUAUUACAGGUACUUUAUGCUCCUAGGGGGCAGCUUCCAGCACCUUUUAAAACUGUUGAUAAUUGGAGAGAGGCCUUUGAUAAAGAAUUGCAAAUUUGGUUUAACAGGGUUGUCCCAAAAACACACAAAAAAAUGAAUUGCAAGUUUAGUCGGGAGUUUUUCAGGUUAAAUUAUAACCAUACAAGAACCAUGCUAUAUGGUAUAUCGCCUAAAUUUAGCACUUUAACAAAUAGAUGCUUUGUGAUUAUUCAUGAGACUACACGAGGUAUGGUUGAGGAGUAUUAUAAAUUGUGUUUGACGAAAAAUUUAAAUUUCACAUGGGUUGCCGUUCAUAAUUUAUUUAUGGCAGGUAUGACAUUUUUAUAUACAGUGUACCAACAUAAGAAUACCAAAAAAUAUGACGAUUUUUGUCAAGAGAUAAUCUAUGUUAUGAAAUCUUUGUUUGGGACCUGUGAAGCAGCACCGAAUUGUUACAAAAUUUUUAAGCUUUUGGCCGCUGUAGUUAAAAGAAUUUUGAAAAAUACCGGCAACGCUUCAUUUUCUCCAACAGAUAAUGAUAGAGACCACGAAGGAUUGAGUAGGUUACAGAAUUCUGACAGUUGUUCCGGUGAGAAAAGUGAUAACCAUAUGGCAACUAGUAACAACAAUCGUAAUAAUUCUAAUGCGAGUAGGACCUCGGGCCUAAAUAUAGAAAAUGAUACUCCAUCAAAUACGACAAGACAACCGCCAGAACAUCAACUUUCUUCUCAAACAGCAAAUAAUGUGCCUAUUUUAAUCCCAGAUCUAGAAUUGAAAAAAUUUUUUGAGGAAUUAAACAAUAUUUCAAAAUCUUCAAAUACAGAUUCGGUGUCACCGACUAGCACUGAGGGGAAUGUUCAUCAAAUUCAUCUAAAUGAUAACUAUAAUAGUUCUGUUGGUGGUAUUUUCCCAUUGAGCGCAUCUGUUGUGGCACCUGGAACCAGUGGCUGUCCUAAAAAUAACCAAGUUGCUACACCAGCUACUAUAAAUGGCUUUUCACCAUUAGAUUCCUCCUUUAGGGACCCAACAUCCAAAAAUGUAGCUGCCAACACUAAUGAUAAUUUGGGUAUGACUCCUGGUGUUGAUAAGGAAAGUACAACAAACGAUUACUCGGUUGGAAAACUUAAAAAAGAUAGUCAGCGGGUUUAUGACAUGAUUUUCCAAAUGAGUUCUCAAACGGUUUGGGAAAAGUAUUUAGGGCAGGGCGAUGAGUAUUUUGAAACAUUGAAUAUUUAA